GGUGACCCCAUUUAAUCAAACAUUUCUUAAGUCACUUAUCGAUCCUUACAAUACUCCCUGCUUCACAACACAGACAGUUUCCAUACGUUUCGGACGCACAUGUUACGGGGCUGAAGAUGACACUACAAUGGACGCUGAUCGCUGGAUGUCUGUACGUGGAGAUAGGAGUCACUGUGUUGCUUCUUUUUCCGUUGAUCUCCCCUAGACUAUGGCAGAGACUGUUUCGCUCUCGAUGGCUGGGCAUGAUAACAGAUUAUGCAAAAUUUUACUUUUGGGCGGCAAUUGUGAUCCUUAUCUUAGUGUUUGGAGAUUCUUUCCGCAAUCACCGGAAGUACAGUGACUCCGUGAGGGGUCAGGAGCUGAAGAUGUCCACUGAGACCCGGAUGAUGGCGCAGGCUAAGAUGUUUCGAGCCCAACGAAAUCUGUACAUAUCUGGAUUUGUUCUUCUCCUGGCAUUUGUGAUCGGACGUCUGGUAGUUCUACUUUCUGACAAAGCCGACCUGAUGAACAGGCUAGAGAGUAGUGAAGGUACCAUGAUGGCUCCCACCAACGACCAGCAGCUACAAACACGUCAAUCAGAGUCGACAACAGCGAGGAGACGCAACACAGACACAGCGUAAAUCAGUGAUAUAUACAAGGAACGAAAAUGGACCAAGGACAG